CGCUGUUCUAAUUGACAACACCUCUACGCUCAACCUCAACUUCAACCCUAACACCUCUUGUGGCAUUGAAAUAUUGCUCUUAAUCGACUCCCAAGUCCUGUUGUGCAUUUGGUUCCUCGGUUGUAUCGAUAUCAAAUUGCAGCAACUCGGGUUAUUACUGAGAGUGGUGUCCAAUCCAUCUUCCAAUACAAUAUAACCUCCGAUUCCUAUCCGCCGCCGAGCAGUUGGCUGCCCCCCGUGGAUAAUUCUGGUAUUUCUGGUGGUCGAAAUUGGCCUGGCAGUGUUCAUUCCAUACUCCAACCGGGCCUUCGAGAGUCGGCGCCUUACUAACUCCGCCAUCGAACUCCUCAUCAGACGCCGGCUCUAUUUCCGCGUACGUGAACAAUAGUACCGUUUCUACCAGUCCAGCACCGCCUUCUUAUUCUCAGGGCUACUGGCCACCAUCAAAUAAUUUUGGUACUGGUCGAAAUAAUUCGAACUCCCCUACUUCAACGGACACUUUAACACCCACAUACGAUAUAAACCAUCGUGCGUAUUUUCAAACUCCAAUUCCCGGAGUUUCCACCUCGUCUGGCCCAUCGCCUACGACACAACAAUCCCAACCAGCAAUGGCGCACGUUUUAAUGAAUGCGCAAGCCACUACUACUACGAUGCCGCCCACUCCACCAGUGCAGAACAGUGUCGACGCCUAUGGUCAGAAAUUACCACCUACCCCAUUAUACAGUGGAUCACAACAAGGUACCCCACAGCAAGCCACCUUCCCGCCAUAUCAGAGCAGUGCUGGCAGUUCAACAAUGCAUCACUCUAACGCGAACGGUCCUUCAUCGAGGAUCUCGCCAAUUCCAGUUCAGAUGCAGGGUGAAGGGCAACAUCAGUUGCCCCAGUACAGUACUCGACCAUAUCCAUCUUACUCCCUACCCGCAAUGAGCGGGCCAAUUAUGACGAACGUACAUCAUCCGAAUUCCCAACUAGCACUUGUGGGAUCUAUACAGCCAAACCUCCUACCAGCUUUCAACAGUGGCCACGCUGCUACUAUGAGUAGUAUGUACAAUGGACACCCCAAUCAUAUGCAUGGACUUAUGCAACAUCCGCCACCCGAUGAUCGGCCAUAUCGAUGCGACCAGUGUACGCAAAGUUUCAGGCGCAACCACGACUUGAAAAGGCAUAAGCGCAUUCAUUUGGCAGUUAAGCCGUAUCCCUGUGACCACUGUGCCAAAAGUUUUUCCCGGAAAGAUGCAUUAAAGCGACAUAUCCUUGUUAAAGGCUGCGACAAGGACAAGGAUUCCCAGUCUGAUAAAAACAGCACAGCGGCUGGCUCCCCCAUACUGACACGCACGGACACUGGCGCGGGUAACUCUGGGGGCGGCCGAACUCACAAUAUACAGGGAAAUCAUGCCUUAAAGUCGCAUACGUGAAAUACAUUUCUGUAUUCUGUUAUUUUAUUUCGUUUGACAUAAUCCGGGCCCAGGCGGAAACUUAUUUUAUGUGUUAUUUGAGUAGUUUAUGUUCUACAACAGCUUUUCCAAUUCCCAAUUGAAAAACCAAACCCAUUUCUUUCGUCCUCUUGGCCUUUUCAUUUUCCGCCAUUAUUUGAUUUGGGACAACGGCACAUACUUCCUCAUACUUGCUCUUCUCACGUUGUUUUGGCAUUUUCUUGGUAUUUGGGAACUAGGGUAGAGUUGAGGUGUCCUUGGGGUCUAAUUUUAUCGGAAAUAAUCAACAUCGCCGAUUUCCGCGCUCUGUGUGUUGCUAUAUGGCCUUUCCCCGUGUUCUUCUACGGAGCAGAAUCGCUUGUUUACCACAAUGCUACUUCCUAUCCAUCCUUCAG